AUGACAUCUGCUACCCAACUCGAACCUCAACCAAAGCGCCAGAGACUGACCAAGAAGAUCGGCACUCACAACGGCACCUUCCAUUGCGAUGAAGCGCUGGCCGUCUUCUUGUUAAAACAGACCGCAACCUAUGCUUCUGCAGAUGUUGUUCGAACUCGGGACCCCGCAAUCUUGGACGGUUGUGACAUUGUCGUGGACGUGGGUGCUGUCUACGAUGCUGAAAAACUGCGUUUCGACCAUCAUCAACGUGGCUUCACGGACGUACAUUUCGGGCAAGAGAUUAUUGCAAAUAGGCUCAAUGCUGCACCAGACGAUCCCAAGGUCAAGUACGUCUGGUUGAAGGUCUAUCGAGAUUUCAUUGAAGCGUUGGAUGCAAUCGACAACGGUAUUUCUCAGUACCCGACUGACAUCCAACCCCGCUAUCGCAACAAGACUGACCUCUCGAGUCGCGUCGGUAGCCUCAACCCUCGUUGGAAUGAGCCCACGGACUCAACUAUCCUCGAUGCACGGUUCCAAGAGGCUUCUUCCCUUGCGGGAAAAGAAUUCCUUCAAGUCGUUGACUAUUACCGUGAUAGCUGGCUUCCUGCAGGAGACCUUGUGAAGGAGUUGAUUGCUUGGAGCAAGGCCAACGUCGAUUCUUCUGGUAAGAUUAUCUUGUUCCAGCAAUUUGCCCCUUGGAAGGAACACCUUUUCGAACUCGAGAGCUCCGAAGGUGGAGGUGCUCUUGAGCCCAAUCAAGCCAUCUAUGUCGUUUAUCCUGACGAGAUUGGAGGCAACUGGCGUGUCCAGGCUGUUCCUGUGGCGCCUUCGAGCUUUGAAAGUCGAAAGCCACUUCCCGAGGCUUGGAGAGGCGUCAGGGACGGUGCCUUGUCUCAAUUAACUGGGAUUGCAGGUUGCGUGUUCGUCCAUGCCUCUGGGUUCAUCGGAGGGAAUAAAACCAAGGAAGGUGCAUUAGAGAUGGCCAAAAAGGCCUUGGAACUUUAA